GGCCCUCCGCGGGCGGCCCCGUAGACCAAAGGAAAGCGUCCACCCGUAAGGUCCCAGAUUAACCCUUUCCCUGCUCGCUCACUUAAGAGGCCCGAUCCGGUUCCGUGCCUGCGCAAGCGGCGGCGCGCCUUCUCCCCCCGGAGCCCGCACCGCGCAUGCACGGGGAGGGGGGUGGUGGGGGUGUUCGCGGCAGGCUGGAUAUUCUGUGCUCGUGCAGGAGGAGGGCUGCUACCACCAGGGACGUGCACGAUUUCCCCCCCACCCUACCCCCUCCCCAAACUAAAAAAAAAAAAAAAAUCCAAAACACUACCACCCACCGUGCCCCCACGUCCAUCCCGUCCUGGCUUGCGCGCUGCCGAACGCGGGAGCCCACGGCGAGCGUCUGUAGCUGUGCCAAGCUGCAGAUCUGGCUUGCCCCUGAUCAGACUUACUCUGAUCUGAAGAUUUUGUUGUUUAAGGCAUUAAGAAAAUAGCCUGAAUUGUUCAUGGAGUUUUUCAUCAGUAUGUCUGAAACCAUAAAAUACAAUGACGAUGAUCAUAAGACGCUGUUUCUGAAAACGCUGAACGAACAGCGCCUGGAAGGAGAGUUCUGUGACAUCGCCAUCGUGGUGGAAGAUGUGAAGUUCAGAGCCCACCGCUGCGUCCUCGCCGCCUGCAGCACGUACUUUAAGAAGCUGUUCAAGAAGCUGGAAGUGGAUAGCUCUUCUGUCAUAGAGAUAGAUUUCCUCCGUUCCGACAUAUUUGAAGAGGUGCUGAACUACAUGUACACUGCAAAGAUUUCCGUGAAGAAGGAGGACGUCAACCUGAUGAUGUCGUCCGGUCAGAUUCUCGGCAUCCGCUUUUUGGAUAAACUGUGUUCCCAGAAGCGUGACGUGUCCAGCCCGGAUGAAAGUAACGGCCAGUCCAAGAGUAAGUAUUGCCUCAAGUUAAACCGCCCCAUUGGAGACGCUGCCGAUGCUCAGGACGAUGACGUGGAAGAAAUCGGGGACCAGGAUGACAGCCCUUCUGACGACACGGUGGAGGGCACUCCCCCAAGCCAGGAGGACGGCAAGUCUCCCACAACCACUCUCAGGGUUCAGGAAGCGAUUUUGAAAGAGCUGGGGAGUGAAGAGGUUCGGAAAGUGAACUGCUACGGCCAGGAGGUGGAAUCCAUGGAGACUCCCGAGUCCAAAGAUCUGGGGUCUCAGACCCCCCAAGCCUUAACCUUUAACGACGGGAUGAGCGAGGUGAAAGACGAACAGACUCCUGGCUGGACAACGGCAGCCAGCGACAUGAAGUUUGAGUACCUGCUUUACGGUCACCACCGGGAGCAGAUCGCCUGCCAGGCGUGCGGGAAGACGUUUUCUGACGAAGGCAGGUUGAGGAAGCAUGAAAAGCUCCACACGGCAGACAGGCCGUUUGUCUGUGAGAUGUGUACAAAGGGUUUCACCACCCAGGCCCACCUGAAGGAACACCUAAAGAUCCACACGGGGUAUAAACCGUACAGCUGUGAGGUGUGCGGGAAGUCGUUUAUCCGCGCCCCAGACCUGAAGAAGCACGAGAGGGUUCACAGCAACGAGAGACCGUUCGCCUGUCACAUGUGCGACAAAGCCUUCAAACACAAGUCUCACCUCAAGGACCACGAGAGAAGACACAGAGGGGAGAAGCCUUUUGUGUGCGGCUCCUGCACCAAGGCCUUUGCCAAGGCCUCGGAUCUGAAGAGGCACGAGAACAAUAUGCACAGUGAAAGGAAACAGGUCACCCCCAGUGCCAUCCAGAGCGAGACGGAACAGUUGCAGGCCGCAGCGAUGGCCGCUGAGGCGGAACAGCAGCUAGAGACAAUUGCCUGUAGCUAGAGGUGGUGGGUCAGGAACACUCGGCCCGGGAGGUGGUCGCUUGAACGCUUCUGUGCUGGCAGGACCUAAGGCAGUGUGCACUCCGGUUAGGUAACUCUCAGAUUUCUCAAAGGCAGUUAUGUUCCUACGUUCUGACCAAACAGUUUGAGGGUUUUUUUGUUUGUUUGUUUGGUUUGUUUUGUUUUUUUUUUUUUUUUUGUUUUGUUUUGUUUUGUUUUUCGUGAUGUCUAAAGUUCAUAUUCUCAAUAAGUUCCUCUACCCUUCUUUAUGGUUUUAGUUCGAAAUCUCCUUUGUCUAGUUUAAAAUGGAUGGCUUCUGUCCCGUCCAGAAUCCCUCAAGUCUUACCAAGCUGGUGAGUGCACUGCGGAGAGUCACUGAAAUAAAUUGAUUUUCCCCAAUCA